AGCCCCGACAGGAUGGGUAAGAAAAUUAAGAAGGAAGCGGAACCUCCUCCCAAGGAUGUGUUCGACCCAUUAACAAUUGAAAGCAAAAAAGCAGCGACCGUGGUGUUAAUGCUUAAGUCUCCAGAGGAAGAGAUUUUGGCUAAAGCGUGUGAAGCCAUCUAUAGAUUUGCUUUAAAAGGUGAAGAAAAUAAAGCAACUCUCCUUGAACUUGGCGCUGUGGAACCGUUAGCUAAACUGCUCACCCAUGAAGACAAAGUUGUAAGAAGAAAUGCUACUAUGAUUUUUGGAAUCUUGGCUUCAAAUAAUGACGUGAAAAAGUUGUUAAGGGAGUUAGAUGUCAUGAGUUCUGUUAUUGCUCAGCUCGCUCCAGAAGAAGAAGUAGUUAUCCACGAGUUUGCUAGUCUCUGUUUAGCAAACAUGUCCGCAGAGUAUACCAGUAAAGUGCAAAUACUUGAAUCUGGCGGAUUAGAGCCGCUCAUCCGACUGCUGGGCAGCCCAGACCCCGAUGUGAAGAAGAAUUCUAUCGAAUGCAUCUACAACCUGGUGCAGGAUUUCCAGUGUCGGACUACACUUCAGGAGCUAAAUGCAAUCCCUCCUAUGCUGGACCUCCUGAAGUCCGAAUAUCCAAUUAUUCAGUUGUUGGCCCUCAAAACCUUGGGUGUCAUUACGAAUGACAAGGAAUCCCGAGCAAUGCUAAGAGACAACCAAGGAUUGGAGCCCCUUAUUAAGAUCCUGGAAACUAAGGAACUGAAUGACCUUCAUAUUGAAGCGCUCGCAGUAGUAGCCAAUUGCCUUGAAGAUAUGGAUACUAUUGUGAUGAUUCAACAGACAGGGGGUCUUAAAAAGCUCCUCACGUUCGCAGAAAACUCUUCAGUUCCUGACAUCCAGAAGAAUGCAGCAAGAGCAAUCACUAAAGCAGCUUAUGAUCCUGAAAGCAGAAGGUUUUUUCAUGAGCAAGAGGUGGAGAAGUGCCUGGUCACCCUGCUGGGUUCUGAAAACGAGGGGACAAAAAUCGCCGCUUCGCAAGCCAUCUCCGCAAUGAGCGAGAAUUCAAGCAGCAAAGAUUUUUUCAAUAAUCAGGGGAUCCCGCAGUUGGUCCAGCUCCUGAAGAGCGACAACGAGGAGGUGCGGGAAGCAGCCGCUCUGGCCCUGGCGAACUUGACCACCAGCAAUCCUGCCAACGCCAGUGCCGCUGCCGAAGCCGACGGUAUUGACCCGUUAAUAAACACUCUGUCUAGUAAACGAGACGGGGCCAUUGCAAACGCGGCGACGGUGCUGACGAACAUGGCGAUGCAGGAGGCCCUGCGUGUGAGCAUACAGAGCCACAACAUCAUGCAAGCCAUCAUCGGCCCCCUGCAUUCGGCCAACACCGUCGUCCAGAGCAAAGCUGCCCUCGCGGUGUCUGCAACCGCCUGUGGCUAUGAGGCCCGGGCCGAGCUGAAAAACGCAGGUGGCCUGGAGCCGCUGGUGCAUCUCUUGUACUCCAAGAACGAGGAGGUCAGGCGGCACGCCAGCUGGGCCGUGAUGGUGUGCGCCAGUGACGAAGUGGUGGCCACGGAGCUGUGCCGGCUCGGCGCUGCAGAUAUCCUUGAAGAAAUUAAUCUGUCACUAAGUCGAAAAAAUAAGUUCAGUGAGGCAGCUUAUAACAAACUGCUCAACCACAAUCUUUCCUUGAAAUACAGCCAGACUGGCUAUUUAUCAUCGACUAAUAUCAUUAGUGAUGGAUUCUAUGAUUACGGGCGGAUAAGUCAUGGAACCAAACUUUUGCCAUUGAAGGAGCUCUCCUUCCAAGAACUAAAUGAUCAGCGUGCGAUACUCUUAAUUAACAGUAAACCUUCUGAUGCUUAUCCGCUUUCAAAUAUGGAAGAUAAAUCAUCCGACACUGCUUAUGGGCGAAGUAUUUCUUCCUCCUCAUCUUUAAGGAGAGCAAGCAAAGAAAAGACCAGUGCUGGAGUUGGAUCUCCCACAGAAGAAAAAUCAGAACCUCCCUCUGGACGAAAUUCUGUUCUUAGCAAAAGUGCCACAAAGGAAAAAGGACCAAGGAAAAUCAGGGGGAGGAAAGAAGAGGAAAAAGUGAAAGAGGAGGAGGAGAUUUUGUCGGCCCCCAAAAUGUCUGGAGACGGGAGCCCUGACAAAGAGUGGUGCCCGCCUUCGGACCCCGACUUCUGUCUCUAUGUCUUUGAAGUGGCCAAAAUAAUCCUGCCCAUAACCAACAUCAAGGAACAGAUCGAGGCGCUCGCGAAGUAUGUUGCCGAAAAAAUGGGUGGUCCUAUUCCCAAAGAGAAGCUUCAUGAAUUCAGCUGGGAACUUCAUAUAAGCGAGCUAAAGUUCCAGCUUAAAGCCAACGUCAUACCAAUUGGACUGAUCAAAAAAGGGACCUUCUACCAUCGAGCCUUGCUUUUCAAGGCUCUGGCCGAUAAAAUUGGCGUUGGCUGCUCUCUGGUCCGUGGGGAGUACGGCAGAGCGUGGAAUGAGGUGAAGCUGAUGGACAAGUCUCGAAAGGGCUUGAUGGGGUGUCUGCCUCCCCCUGAAACGUACAUCGUGGAUCUCAUGUUCCAUCCGGGCGAGCUGAUGAAGUUAAAGAGUAAAGAGGCGGACCUUUACAGAUUCCUCUGA